AUGACGGGUUGCAUUGCGCUUGAUGAUGGCUGCAGCGGUGCGCCGCGUUGCACUGCCGUUGUUUUUGCUGCGUGUGUGUACGCUGCAGAGGGCUGGCACACGGAGCCGGAACCGGCGUGUGCCAGCUGCCGCGGAGAAAGCGACGACGAAUGCGUACCUUCGGUGAGCGUUGGCGCUGCGUCCUCUUCCGGCGAUGGCGCCACAAGGAGAGGAGCGACUUGUGCCGGCGUGCACCGCCACCCCUCUGGUGCCUGCCUAGCGGACCCGUUCUACGAUCGCCUGUCAUCUGUCCCCAAUCCUCGCCUUGCCGUGUGCUGCGGCUUCUCACUCUCCUUCUUUAUUGUGCCGCCCUUCCCAGCGUCGUUGGUGCCGCUGCGCUCACACCGUGCGGUGCGUAAACGCUGCUGGGGCGACGUGCGUGCACAACACCUGAUCUGCUUCUCCACCAUUUACUCCGCUGUUUCCCCUACGCAGCUGUUGCGUACCGUGUGGGCCACCGCUGCCGCAUCGCGCUUUGUGGAUGGUGGCACCCUCUCAGCCCCCACGAGCGUCGUUCGAAACAACUCGGCGCCGUUGCGACGCGGCGGUGUGCUGGAUGGCACCGCAGCGAAGCCCACCGCGUACGCCGCAGCCGCAGCCGUGGCCGGCGGGGAGGACGUGGCGCGGAUCGCCGUGGUGUCUUCGGGCUUCCCUCCUCGUCCCCAUCGGCUGGCGGACCUUCCCUCCCUCCCUGCCACUGCCCGGCAGCCACCGCCGCGUGCAGCAAGCGCAGGCUAA